AUGGACCCCAAUGGCGCAAUGGCGCCAGCAGCUACCCUAGCUCGCUUCGCAUGUGAUUAUUGCAGACAAAAGAAGUUCCGCUGCUCGAGAGAGCUUCCCAAGUGCGGUGCUUGCAAACCAUGGCCUGGCAAAUGCGAUUACUCUCGUGAUAAGCCAAAAUCCACAUCUGCCCCAGCCCAGACUGGUAUUGGGCCAAAGUCUACAAGCUCGACGACCUCUUCUCCCAUCGAACAGCGGCUGCAAAACAUCGAGGUCGCCCUUCAGAAACUGACCGAAACUGUAGAGAAGGCUCUAGGUGUCGCAAUCCCGAGGCAAACACCUGAAAGCACCGAGCAUGCCUGCGGUAGAGCUCAAACCAGUGAUCGUUACGCAGAGAAGGAGGAGCAGGCGCCUGGGUUGUUCAUCGGACCCUCUAAUUCGUUCUCGUUCCUAAAAGAAGCUUCGGACAGCGUUAGGGCGGCCACAAGAUCCUCCACGCCUCUCUCUCACCCAAACGCCCAGUCUGAGCUGCAGUUUCUGUCGACUUCAUUGACUACAGCAACCACCAACACGGAGAAUGUUGGUGAUAUGACACGGUUUUACAUCCCCUCCAAAGCAGCAGGCUAUCGUAUCAUCGGGGACUUCCUUGAGCAUGCGGCGACCGGUGAGCCAUUAUUCAGGACUCCGUCGGAUAAUCUUUUAAAGGAAAUCAUCUUCAACCCGGAUCAGGUCACCCACAAAGCCUGGGUCAUCUACGUGAACUACAUCAUGCUCGCACAAGUUUCUACCGAGAAGGCCGAUCCUGGCAACCAGGCAGAGAAAUUUCGGCGUAACGUGCGAAUCGCACUGAACGACAGUAGUAUCUUCCUCGAGCCAAGGGAAAUCAAUGUGCAGGCUCUCACUCUACUCGCCUUUCACGGCGAAGACUACGCCUCUCCAAACCUCUCUUGGAUGUUGGUUGGACACGCCUGCCGGCAAGCCGAGGCACUUGGCUUACACGCAUCGACGCAUCCUGACCCUGAGUCUCGUCAACGAAGUCUGUUCAUCUUUUGGCUCUUGUUCAUAGUGGAUAAGUCGUGCUCGCUCGCGUUCGGGCGGUCCCAAUUUCUCCCAGUGAGCCUUUACCAAGACGUUCCACUGCCGGACUUCAGCCAUAUGCUCAAGUUCCAGCCACACACGGACGCCCAUUUCACAGACUCGCAAACAGUAUCCAAACCAUCUGAUUUUGGGGCCCAUUUCUUCACGAAAGGCGUAGAGCUGGCCAAGAUUACGGGUCUGAUCAUCGACUUGCUGUCUCCUGGCCCAUCUGCUGUCUCAAGACAGGAGAUCAGGACACAGCUUGAACAGUGGUAUGAAGCGACAAUGAAGAUCCUGAACGAGACUGUAGAGACUGAAAGACAUUUUCUUGAGGCUUCCCAGCGGAAAGAGAUGUAUCUGGGCCUCAACAGCUUGCGGUUCCAGUACCUCCACAUCGUCGUUAUCCUUUUGAAAGGCGAUAAGUCAUCGGGGCAUCUGAGAUUGGAGGCUGCUAGAGAAGCUUUGUUUCUGCUUCCCUCGGUGGUUUCGAAUUGGUCAUCCGUCUACAACGGAGUUAUUUGGCACCUUCUAUACUACCCUUUUAUCUCUUUCUUUGUAGUUUUCGAGAACCUCGUCCACAAUCACCAUCGGCAGUCGUCUAUCGCAAUCGAUCAAGACCUGAAGCUGCUGUCAACGACGGUGUCGUACUUCGAGAGCAUGCGAGCUCAGAUGCGUCUUCUUGCCACACUUUGCAGUCGUCUAGAGCGCGUUGCAGCGGUAUUUCUUCAGCUUGCAAAAAACCAAAUAUUUCAGCAAACUCCGUGCUCCAAGAACGAUGGGAUUGGCAAUCCGUCGACUGUAGAGCACCCUUUCUGUAGCACGUCAACGGUAUUCACCCGUCUCGGGGACGGCAAUGGAGUUACAGAUACCCACAUGGGAAAAGAGGAUCCCAUCAACAAGAACCAGUCUGAGGCCGGACCUGUCUUCUGGGAUGACGCCGAGUUUGAAAACUUCCUCAGUUGGCUUCCGGCUGACACGUUCGCUACUGGCCCUUUCACAGGGAGAGGGCAUAGCGAUGCCGCCCCGCUCGACGCAACUGCUUCCGCUGCGGAGGUUCCAUCACUCGAGGGCUCGCGAGGUCGGAAAAGAACGUUUGAUGCCACUUUUGACUGGUUUUCGUGGGACGCCUUCUACUCGGAUACGGAUCCUGGUCAGAUAGUGCCUUGA